AUGCACACUAAGCCAGGUAGGAAGCAGGUCAUGAGUGGUCUCGCCAGGCGCGGCCAAGAGGCGGACGCAAAUAAGACUCAUAUUGAGAGACCGGCACUGGCCAACCGAGACGACAAGGCUGGCCAGGUCAUCACGGGGCAUGGGCGGAAUAUAUAUUGCUCGGCCGCGUACGCUACCAAGUGGGAAGGACCCGUUAGGCAGAGGAGGGAGGGCCUGGAUCGUCGGCCGCCCGGAAUGGUACGCAUCGCUUCGAGAAGACAUGGGCCUUUGCGCAAGCGAUUGACGAUUCCUGCAGAAGCGAGAGCAACGAUCCCGCUUGGGAGCCGAAGGGAAAUUUCGUCGGGCAAAGACGAGCGAGCGAGCGAGAUGGAGGACGAGAGGGCUGGUCCUGCAUGUCUAACAGCAGCACGGCCUGCCGAGACCCUGACAGAAGCCCUGCAGGUACCGAGGAGGCCCCAUUUCGGCGCGGGUUUCUCUAGCGGGAAAUCCGCCGCUGCUCUGAGGGGGCUAGGAGGACUUCCGGAUCGCCUCCGCCUGCUGCCUCUUGCCCCCACGACUGCCCACCUGGGUAGAGAGCUGUUUCUGGGUUUGUGGUUUGCCACCUCGAGCUGUCGGCUUGGAUCGGGCUGGUUCCAAGACCGCGGGAGUGAAAUUGCGCAGGAGCAUCGCUAG